AUGAAGAACAAAGCCAAGCACUACGAUCAGGCCCGGACACUCCUUGCGAGCAAGAAGCUGGACUUCGCUAACAACCUUCUGCCCUAUGUGAAAAUGUACGGCCAGAAGCCCAAGAAGGGCAAGGAGUCCAAGCCUGUUGAUAGCGACAGCUUCCGCGACUUCAUCAUCGAUGAGGUCGGGCACGGUAUGAACAUCAGCACUUGCACUCGCGUCGCUCGCGCAGUUCGAGGCCUUGUCGGAGGCCAAUCAUGCGGCAAGUUGGUGAACAAGCUGGCCAAGGCGGGCGAGAAGCAGUCGUCCCACGCCGAGCGGGACUUCCACAGGAGCAUGCGCGCGUUCGCGCCCAACUUCGGGCUGCAGCCUUACCGCAUUGAGGUCAAGCUGCAGUACGAGGAGCGCUGA